GACCCCCCAGUGUUUUCUUCAAUCCUGGCCGCCUGCAAUUACAUUUCAACAAGCGUUCUGGGAAGCACUUCCAGCGAACUUCAGUUCGUUCUGCUCUACAUGGUUCUGUGUGCACUUGGUUGCAUGUCCUACUACGUCACAGCUAUCCCGAGCGUCUUCGUCGUGCUCAACAAGAUGAGGAAGCACAGCCUCAUGUUGGAGCAAAUGGCUCGCUUUGACAUGAGGGCGGCCAAAUGUUCCUUGGAGUCAGACCGAGACGUGGUUGAGAAACGCCUCAGUGAGCUUCUUUGUAUGCGAACGGGUGCGACCAACUGUUCGACAGUGAGCAAUCUUGAGCCUGACGUAGCCUCUAUGGAUUUGAAGGAACCCUUCCUGAUGGCGCAGAACGCGGAACCGCUGGAUUACUUCAAUGGAUACGUGCGAGGGCCUCUACGUGAGGCCGUGCUUGAGAAGAUUGGCGACACCAUGCGUGUUCCCUAUCACUUGUGCUUGGUGACAUCGCUGCCCAUGGCCUUUUUCGCCUUGGUGGAUGUGCUCAGCUGCAGCGGCGUGGACUGCCAGGUGAAUGCAGAUGAGUUGGAUCUGCCAGUUUGGGUCUAUAUGGGAACUCUGGCAUGCUUCUGGCUUCUCAACUUCUUCAUAGUCUACCCCAUUGCGCAGCCAAACUUGUUUCGGAUGUUGCGAUGCAUAUGCUCCAUUGUUCGCUGCUUUUCCACCAGGGUACUGCUUGGAUUGAUCAGUGCAGCGUUCCUCUACACGUACAUCUUUCUUUGCAGCGGCCUUCUUCUCGGCCUGAUCACCAUUUCCGCGCGGACUUUACGGGGCCAGUGGCUUCUGUUUCUCCUCCUCUUCGUCAUCUUCCUGGCAGCACAGCUUUGGGUAACGUUCAGAGCGCAUUCGUGGUGGAGAUGA